AAAGCAAUAAUUGACGAGCAUGAUUGACAGUGCAAGAAAGUUAGAGAAAGAGUGCGCUAACUGUUCAGUUUUUCUCUCCUCUCACUCUCACUCUGAGUGAGUCUCUUUCUUCACAGGCAGACCCUCCGCCGUAGCAAUCUAUCUUGUCGAUCGUCUCCGGCCUCGGCCUCUGCCAGCUUCAUAACCUUCUGUUAAUAAGGCACACAUUAAGGCAUAAGAGGUGAUCAUAUAUAAUUGCUGAGGUUUCCGAUUCAUCAUAUCCAAUGGAGCUUCCAAACUCCUCGGCACACAUUAAGGCAUAAGAGGUGAUCAUAUAUAAUUGCUGAGGUUUCCUCCGAUUUAUCAUAUCCAAUGGAGCUUCCAAACUCCUCUGUAAAAGUAGUUCAAGUUUGCAGGGUCACCAGGGUGGCACCGGCCUCACCCUUACCAGAUCUCUCCCUUCCCCUGACAUUCUUUGACAUCCGCUGGUUAAGGUUUGCACCAGUGCAGCUCCUUUACUUCUAUGAAAUAUCAUCAUCUUCGUCUAUUGAUUCGACCUUCUCAUUCGAUUCCAUACUUGACAAACUCAAAACCUCACUCUCUCUUACCCUCAAACAUUUCCUACCUCUCGCGGGAAACCUCACUUGGCCUAAAGAUUCUCCCAAACCCGUACUGAGCUAUGUCCAAGGAGACACCCUUAGGCUUACAAUAGUAGAGUCGUCCAACGCCGAUUUCGCCCGCCUUUCAAGCAAUUACGGCUUGCUUGAAGCCCAAGAAUAUCAUCCGCUUGUCCCACAAUUGGAGGUGUCUCAUGAACGAGCUGCAGUGAUGUCAUUGCAAAUCACUCUCUUCCCAAACAAAGGCUUUUCGGUUGGAGCAGCCGUGCACUCUGCAGUUUUUGAUGGCUCAACUGCAAACUUGUUUUUCAAAUCAUGGGCGCAUAUAUGCAAGCAUCAAGGAGCAACUUCAUCUUCUUUACCAGACCAGCUCAAGCCCUUCUAUGAUAGAGCGGUGAUUGAUGAUCAGAAGGGGCUCGGAACACUCUUCUCAAUCCAAUACCAAGGAAUGGACGGUCCCAACAAUAGAAGCUUAAUGGUCUGGGAGCUUCAGGUUCCCCAAGACUCAGUUCGAGCCACCUUCGAAAUCACUCGCGCAUCUAUUCAAUCACUAAGAGGGCAUGUCAUGGCUGCAAUAGGUUCUGAUACAAGUCUCCAUUUGUCUACGUUUUCUCUGGCCUGUGCCUACACUUGGGUCUGCUUAGUCAGGGCUGAAGAAACAAAAGAAGAUGAAGCACGACUCGUCUUUUCCGUGGACUGCAGGUCUCGGCUAGACCCUCCUAUACCUGCAACUUACUUCGGCAACUGCGUAGUGGGGUGUUUAGUAGUAGCAAAAACAAAAGGGCUACUUGGAGAAGAUGGCUUGGUUGUGGCACUUAGUGCGAUCAGUGAAACUUUAAGGAAUUUGGUGAAGAAGGGGCUGUUGAAUGAAGCUGAAAGUUGGGUUUCAAGAUUGAGUAGUUUGCGUAGUGGUAGAUUGGUUGGCAUUGCCGGGUCACAUCAGUUCGGAAUGUAUGAAAUUAGUUUUGGAUGGGGAUCACCAAGCAAGGUCGAGUUUGUUUCUAUAGAUAGAACAGGAGCCAUCUCCAUGACAGAUAGCAAAAAUGGCGGUGGAGGCGUUGAUGUUGGGUUGGUCUUGAAGAAACAGUACAUGGAUGCUUUUGCUUCUCUAUUUGUCAAAGGUCUCAUACCGCACUCAAAAAUUUGAAGCCAAAUUACAUGUACAACUAUGGUUCUUUAGGCUUAUGUCUUGUAUUUGUACUCCUAUAUUAAAAUAUCAUGUUGGCUAUUUCUUUCUAGUGGCUUAUAAUUGGGAAGCAAGGUGAGAAUUUGGAUGAUUUGGUGUUUGUGAUAUAAGCAAACUCUUUAUUAUUACAUUAAUGUGUAAUACAUAAUUAACAAUUUCGAAAUCCGUUCAACGA